UGAACAACAAAUUUUGACAAAUUGUAUUCUUUUAUUCUUCCUUAAUCGAUUUUCAAUUUUCCUUUUCUUCAACUGAAUGUUUCUUCUUAAUUGAAGCCUAAAGGCAAGAAAGGUUAAUAGUAUUAUGGAUUUAUGGAUAGUUGCAGCCACUGCUGGGGCUGGGUAUGUGGUUAAAGCAAAUUGCUUGAAAAAUUCUACAUCAAGAACUAUAGAAAGCUCAUCCACAACAUGUUCUUGUGAAAUUCACAGCAUCUUACAGCCCAGAAAUUUACUGCAGCGAAUUCGCGACAGAGCUUGCCCUUUAUGCAGACUAGCUGCCCUUAAAGGAGAAGCAACACCUUUCUCUUGCCAUUCUAAUGGUGAAGCAGAGUUACUAAAUUAUGGGAUUAAUAAAAGAAAAGCUUCUGCCAUUGAAGAAGGUCUGGUAAUGGGUUCUUAUCAGAAAUUAACAAAUGGGAAGCAAAUAAAUACAAAGUCUAAUAAUGGGUAUGUACUGAAACCACUAAAUUUUUUAGAGUAUUGUUGGACUGAUGAGUUCAUCAGAGAGCAAAGUAGAUCAGAAGAAGAUUAUUUGUAUGCCUCAAUUGAAUCACCAAGUAAAUAUAUGGUGAGGCCAUUAACCAAAGGGUCUUCCAACAAUGAUAUGCUUAUUUUCUUGCUUGGGAUGUCUAUUGGCAUAAUGUCAACCAUUGCUGAUAAUAGAAGAGAAAUAGACAGUUUAAAUGACUUGUUGAAGCAGAGUGAGAACUUGGUUCAGGAUUUGCAUGAUGAACUUGAAACUAAAGACCGGUUAUAUGUGAGAGAAAUCACUGAUGAAGAUCCAAAGUUUGACAGAGAAUCCUUCCUCUAUGGCACACCAACUGCAUUUUCUACGAAAUACGAAUCGAGUAAAUUUGUGAAAUUCGAUGGCGAAAAGUUAGAUGAUGAGAAGGCAAAGAACGACGAGGCAAUGUGCAAAAUUGAGGCAGAGCUUGAAGCUGAACUAGAGAGAUUGGAGCUGAACAUGACAUCGUCAAGCUUGGGGAGAACUUUUGAUUCCUUUCAGUUGGAUUCUGACAUGGAGAAAGAUGUGACGCAGGAAGAUGAUAAAGUAGACAAGAUCAAUGAACAACCUGGAAUUUUUUAUGAUUCAGAGCACGAUUCACGUGAAACCUCCUCCGAUCAUGCACAAACAGAAAUCUCCGCCAUUUCGCCUAAGGAGCUGAGUUUGCGUCUUCACGAGGUAAUUGAAUCAAGGCUCAGAGCGCGCAUUACAGAACUUCAUGCAGCACUUGAAAAUAGCCAGAAGAGGCUGCAAGCCAUUGCCCUGGAGUCUCAGAGCAAAAAUCCACAAAGGGGAUUGUUGGAUGAAGUUUCAUUUGAAGAGAUUAUUAUAAGUAUGGAAACAGAUGAUGAUGAAGUUACUUUACCAGACAUUUAAUAGUAUGAUUGAUAACAGCAAUAUAGUCUAACAAAAGACUCUGCACAAUAUACAGAUGAAUACACCAUUAUAGCCA